AAGUGGUUGUUUUAGAAAGAUAUUUCAAUACACUUCGCUGAUCCUAAUCGAUUCACGCAUAGCUGCAAGCUUGAUCAUAUAUUUACAGACAACAUAGAAGUAGCCUACGUCAUUCAGCAUUUUGCAUAAAUAACGCGAUGAAUUGAAAUAUAAUACUCGAGUUGCAGUUAAUAUGAUAUCAGUCAUCCUUCGGCACCAAACAGAAUGGAAGUCUUAACAAUUUUAUCAGCAUUGUGCUUCACUGCCCUGGUUGUGGCAAAACCAACAACCACAACCAAAGAAUGUCAGUUACCAGCUUUAAAAGAAGUCGACUCCAACAUGCUCACUGGAACUUGGUAUCUAGUAUUAACACCUGUUCAACCCUUUGAAGAAAUGAUGCCCUGUUUUGCGGCUAAAAACGUCAGGGACUCGGGGAAAGGUACAUACGUGAGAGGAAUGAUCAUCUAUCCAUCAAAAGACACCGUUGAAAUCGAAGACAUACCACUACAUUACUUCGCAAUGAAUCAUACUUCAAUCAAUUACAUGGACCCCAAAUAUGAAUUUAUAUUUGCUGAUUCUGCAAAGAGACACGGCAUAGGAGAGGAAGGGAUGAAAGAGGUGAAAGGAGUGUUUUCAUUAGGAGCAAGUCAAGUAACGGAUUAUGAAAACUAUCUCAUUUGGGUAGAGUGUGCUUUCAAUGGCGAUAAGUAUGCUCUUGCCUACACAAGAACCAAUCAUCCCAGUGCUGAAAACAUUCUUCAAAUACACAAUGCGUUGGCAGAAAUUGGAGGAGAAUGGAGUCAAAUUCCGCUACAUCUGGCGGGUUGCACAAAAUUUGACAUACCGUUUGCAGAAAUAUAAUUAUUCUACAAAUGCUUAUUGGACACGUUUAGUGGACAUAACGAUCGUUUCAAUAAUAUUUUGUUAUUGUUAUUUGUCUCCAUCAUUUUUAAAAAAUCGCUUUUCUCUUCGAAUACUGAUACAUCUG